AUGUUCUUAAUGUUACAUAAAAAAUUUACAUCAUCAGAAGAAGUAUUAAAAAGAUUUUCAGAAGUUUAUAAUAACUCAAAUACUAGUCAAGAAAUUAGGUCAUGUAUUCUUUCAGUUAUUAACCAAUGGAUUAGAAAUUAUAUUGCUGAUUUUGAAAAGAAACCAGAAUUAAUUUGUAUGAUUAGAUCGUUCAUUUCAAAAGAAAUAAAUUCAGAUAAAAUUGAAGUAUUAAAUUCAACAUUAUGUGGAGUUGGAACAGCGCUCGCUUUAAGAAUGAGAAAUAAAGUAUUUUUACCUAUUCAAACAAAAAUUAAAAUACCUUAUCAAUACUUUUUACCUGGAAAUGUUAUGCCCUUUGCUCAAACAUUAAAUUAUUUUAAUUCAUUAAUAUUUUCAAGAGUUACAUAUGAAGAAUUGAUUGUAAUGAAUUAUAAUAAACCAGAAAAUAAACCGUUAACUCCAAAUAUUCAAAAUAUGAUUGAACGAUUUAAUUGGAUUGGAACUACCAUUGUUAAUUGUUUUAAUGAAUGUCCUAAAGGAGACAAAAUUCAAUUUAUUCAAGGAUUAAUAUUAUUUAUGAAAACAAUUCAACAAUUAAAAGAUAUUCAUUUCUUAGUCGCAUUAGCAUAUACACUUCCUAGACUCGAUUUAGAUUCUAUCAAAAGUAAAAAAAUUAGUGAAGAAGAUAAAAAUUAUUUAAAUGAAACAGAAGAAUUAUGUUCUUUUAAACAAAAUUAUAAAUAUCUUAGAGCGUAUUUAAGCCAAUUGGAAACACCGUAUAUCCCUUUUAUAGGAAUUCUAAGUAAAGAUUUAAUGCUUAUUGACGAAGGUAAUCCAGAUAAACUAGGUGAUGGAACAAUUAAUUUAUAUAAAUGGAGAAAAGUAUAUGAAUUGAUUCAACAAGUAUUAAAUGCCAAAGGACAAACAACAAAGAACAGUUGUUAUAAUGAAGAAAUUCAAAUAUUGGUUCAAAGAAUAUAUUCACUUUAA